CAAGCUGAGCAGCCCUAGGAGAGUGGUGCCAGACGGCUGGUGGCAAGAAGGAAGAGGAGGCUGGAGACGCUUGAGGUCAGGCCACAUCCAGGUCCCAGCCACACAGGUCGACAGUCCCCGUCAAUGCCCAGGCCCUGAGCUGCCACAUCCCAGGGGCUCCCGUGCCCAGAAUGGCCUGCCCUGAGUUCCCGCAGCAGCCCCAGUUCAUCUCCAAAGGAGCCCCCACCUCCAGCACCGUGGGCUCUGCGGGGGGCCAUCGCAACUCCGUGGACAGAGACCUGGAAUGCCUGGUGUGCCGGGAGCCCUACGGCAGCGCCCGGCUGCCCAAGCUGCUGGGCUGCCAGCACUCCUUCUGUGCCGUCUGCCUGAAGCUGAUGCUGUGCGUGCAGGACGGCACCUGGUCCGUCACCUGCCCGCUGUGCCGCAAGGCCACCACCGUGCCCGGGGGCCUCAUCUGCAACCUGCGUGACCAGGAGGCCGUGCUGGGGCGGCUGGCCAGGCCAGGCCAGGAGGUGCAGCUCUGUCCUCUGGGGCUGGCGGGUCCUGCCACCUCGACAGUGGGGUCGCCAAGCUUAGCAGAAGAGGAGGAGCAGGACGCGGUGAGUGCCAACCGCGUGGCAGCCCGGCGCCUGGCGGCACACCUGCUGCUACUGGUCUUGCUCAUCGUCCUCAUCCUGCCCGUCAUCUACCCAGGCGUCAUCCAGUGGGUGCUCAGCCUCAUCGUCACCCUGGCCCUGCUGUUGUCCGUCCUUUUCUGCUGUCACUCCCGCAGCCAGGGCAGCUGCUGGCCUUCCCCCAGGACUCUCUUCUGCAGAGAACAGAAGCACAAUGAGAUCUCUUCCGUCGCCUGAGCUCCGAUCAGGCAGUCAGGGUUGGGCUUCAACUUCUGCCUCUGCCGCCCAUUCGCUGUCACAGUGAACAGGGUCAGGGGCUACACAUAAGACUGGCUCCCUUCAGAGAUUAAAUGGCAGCUGGAUGCAAGCCGAAGCCAGAAUGGCUGUCUUCGGUCAGGAGCUGUGUGCUUGGGCGAUAGAUUUGUGCCUGCCUGUCCAGGGUGCAGCACAGCUGAGCUGUUUGGGGAUGGGGAGGAGGCGCAGACCACUUGAACACUACAUGGGGGGCUCCUGUUUCUUUUAUUCCAGUGCUCCUGGUUUUUCUUUCUAUAUCCUGAUGAAAGUAUUGCAGGUAUUAAUGUUAUUGCUGAAUAA